CUUCAAUACAUAACCAAAAAAAAUGGCGACAGAAGGAAAAAACCCCAUCAACAUGAACACUAUGUCAUCGAGUCUUGCAAGAACCGGUCAAUGGGUUUUUUCUCAAGAUAUUCCGACUGAUGUUGUAGUUGAAGUCGGAGAAGCCAAUUUCUCUCUUCAUAAGUUCAUGUUAGUGGCGAAGAGCAACUACAUAAGGAAGCUAAUAAUGGAAUCCAAAGACAGCGACGUGACAAGAAUCGAUCUCUCGGAUAUUCCCGGAGGUCCCGAGAUAUUUGAGAAAGCUGCCAAGUUCUGUUACGGUGUUAACUUCGAGAUCACCGUCCAGAACGUGGCGGCUCUUCAUUGCGCCGCAGAGUUCCUUCAGAUGACCGACAAGUACUGCGACAACAACCUUGCUGGUCGGACACAAGACUUCCUUUCACAGGUGGCUCUCUCUAGCCUCUCUGGAGCCAUUGUCGUCCUCAAGUCCUGCGAGAUUCUUCUUCCAAUUUCUCGUGAUCUUGGACUUGUACGCCGUUGCGUCGACGUCGUCGGUGCUAAGGCUUGCAACGAGGCAAUGUUUCCAUGUCGAACACCACCAAACUGGUGGACAGAGGAGCUUUGUAUCUUAGACGUCGACUUCUUCGCCGACGUUGUAUCUUCCAUGAAGCAGAGAGGAGUCAAACCUUCUUCCUUAGCCUCUGCAAUUAUCACCUACACCGAGAAAUCCUUAAGAGAUCUCGUCAGAGACCAUUCAGGCAGAGGAGUCAAGUUUUCCGAUCCUGGAGAUAAUGAUUCCGACGAAAGAUCCCAACAGAGAGAUCUUGUUCAAUCUAUCGUCUCUCUUUUACCUUCAGACAAAGGACUUUUCCCCAUCAAUUUCCUCUGUUCUCUCCUCCGUUGCGCCGUCUUCUUGGACACUUCCUUGACCUGCAAGAAUGAGCUCGAGAAACGAAUCUCAGUCGUUCUUGAACACGUCUCCGUUGACGAUCUUUUGAUCCCGUCUUUCACCUAUGACGGCGAACGGUUACUAGAUCUCGAUAGUGUCAGAAGAAUCAUCUCUGCUUUCGUCGAAAAAGAGAAAAACGUCGGUGUUUUCAACGGUGGAGAUUUCAACAGAGGAGUCUGCUCUGUUUCACUACAAAGAGUAGCUAAAACCGUUGAUUCUUACUUAGCGGAGAUAGCUACUUACGGAGAGCUAACGAUCUCAAAAUUCAACGCUAUCGCGAAUCUUGUUCCGAAAUCCGCUAGAAAAUCAGACGACGAUCUUUACAGAGCGAUAGACAUCUUCUUGAAAGCUCAUCCGAAUCUAGACGAGAUCGAAAGAGAGAAAGUAUGUAGCUCAAUGGAUCCUUUAAAGCUUUCUUACGACGCACGUCUCCACGCUUCACAGAACAAGAGAUUACCCGUAAACAUCGUUCUUCACGCUCUUUACUACGAUCAGUUAAAGCUAAGAAGCGGAGUAGAAGAACAAGAAGAAAGAGCAGUAGUUGUUCUCCCUGAAGCUUUAAAGACACGUAGCCAACUUCAAGCUGAUACUACGUUAGCUAAAGAAAACGAAGCGUUGAGAAGUGAGCUGAUGAAGAUGAAGAUGUAUGUUUCGGAUAUGCAGAAGAAUAAGAACGGCGCAGGAGCUUCUUCUUCGAAUUCGUCGUCGUUGGUGAGUAGUAAGAAGAACAAACAUACUUUCUUCUCUUCUGUUUCGAAGAAACUUGGGAAGUUAAAUCCGUUUAAAAAUGGGUCUAAAGAUACUUCGAACAUAGAUGAAGAUCUUGCAGGUGUUGAUAUUACUAAACCAAGGAGACGAAGAUUCUCAAUCUCAUGAAGAAAACGUUUGAUCAUGUACUUUUGUGUUUUGGUCUGUGUAGUGUGGUGUGUGGGCUUUUGUGUAUAACUCCUUUAGACUAGUGUGCAUUUUUUUCCCCUUCUUGAUGCGUGAUUUUUUUUUGGGUGUGUGUGUUUAUUGUUUAAUGAGAUUGGUUAAUAAAAAGAACACUGGUUU